AUGUCAUCAACGUCCAUAUUGCUACCAUCUUCGGCGUCACCUGAUAAUGCCAUGCACCACAUGGGCUCGUACACAGCCUGUGGUGGUAGUAGUGACAAUGAACAGGAUUAUCCUACUAUCCUCCACAGAAGCGUUUCCUGCUAUAAUGCACCGCAAUCGGAAGGCGAAGGCGAAGCGUCUAUUGUUGAUGGAACAGAAGAAAUGAAACUUCCUCUGCACACCGAGUCAGAAUCUAGCAGUCCACCGCAACCCUCAACAAAGCCGAAUACUAUGGCUCAGGAGAAGCACGUCCUAGAUGACAAGCAUGAGGACCGCCUGAUUGAACAGCUGCGACAUCAGGUCCAACAAAUGGAGACGCAACAACGAGAGAUGAUGGAACGAUACCAGGGAUUGGUACCGCAGCAAGUACAAACGCAAGUACAAACGGAGGAAUCAAGUGAUGGGAUCAAAAUAAUAACAGAAGAGAAGGAGACAGCAAACGAAUCCUCUACUCUGAAACAACUUAUGCGAGAGAAGGAGGACAUGGAAUCACAACUGCAUCAAGUUUUGGAAACUGCCGACACCAUGCGCACCGAAUUGACAAAGUACCGUCGGUCCAUAACCGAGGAUCAACUAAUUUUGGAUGAUCUAAAGGGAGAACGCAAUCAACUCCGACAAGAAGUGGCACAAUUGAAACGCAAGAGUCAGGCGUCCUCAUCUUUGAAUGCUUCUACAUUGGGUGUUUUUGUUCAACAAUCCUCUCUAAUAUCGGAUGAUGGGUCAUCUAUUGACACCAUCAACGAACAAGUCACAAUGCGACCAGAGAGUCGUCGAUCAUCCCUUGCACUGAAUGAUACAUUGAUUAUUAUAGAACAACUAAAGGAAGAGCGAGAUCACCUCCAAUCGCAGUUGUACCAAGCCCAUUUCCAAAUCAAAAAAGUAAAGGCCGACCACCAAAAGUCCUCUGCAGAAGACAAACUGAUCAUACAGGAACUUAAGGAAGAGCGCAACGAAUUGAGAGAAAAGCUAUUUUCCAGACGACGAACGAGCCUGAGCAGUAAUAGUGAUGCCACCAUGGACGAAUCUCUGUCUAGACAACGUCCGUCAGCAGUGGACAACGAUGAUGCUCACGACGACGACGAGGAUGAGGCGAAAGAGGAAGCCAAAUAUGGCAAUUCACAACUCCAGACCCGACCUCAAGAACAACCCAAACAAGCAUUGGCCGAGGAACGUGACGCGCUUGUCAUCAAAUUGCAAGAAUCAGGAGAACUGAUUGAUGAGACGACCACGGUUGGAAACAGCAGCAGUAGCAUAUCCUUUGCUACCUUGCCCAAUUUGGAAAACAGCUUCCAACAGCAUGAGGUUACUGGUAAUGGAGGGGUAAAGCAACAACUGUUUCCAGCACAAACUACCACCACUCCGACCAAACAAUAUGUUGUGACGAACCUUCCAUCUUCGUCUACUGCCGCUAGUUCGUUACGACAACGACGACGAUCUUCUGUCAAUUCAACAUCAUCACUUUCUCGUGUGUCCGUCACAACAAGCUCCAAACUGGAAGAAUUGCGAGCCCACAAACACUCGGCGGAAUCCCACUUGCGACAAAUGGUUACAAUGUCCAACAACUUGCGACAGGAAUUGGCUACAAACCACAAAAUCAUUCAAGAACAAAAGGUACUACUAAAUCAAUCUCAAACGAAACAAAAGAGUUAUGAGCGUAUCAUUGCCGAACAAACGAUUCAAUUGCGGUUGUUGGCCAACAAGAUGAAACGUGGGAUUGGGCAAAAGAUGAGGAGCAGACCCAAUAAUUAUUGGAUGACUACGAUUCGGAAUCAUGCUGCCAGUACCAGUCCGAAUAGAGCCGAACGAUUGGAUCGAUGGAAGGGACGAUUUCAACUGGACAUUGAGGAAAAAUUUGACGCCUUGUUGGAGCAAUAUUCUCGGCAAUUGGAGUAUGUGGACCAACAGUACGAUGUGAGAACCUAUCAGCCAGCUAGUAGGCGGCACUUGCUGGGAAGCAGUAGUGGGCUAUUGUUAUUUUGGGCCAAGGUGCUCUUCAUCUUUUUGCUUUGGAAAUUCCACUAUUAA